UUCCAUAAAUAGCAUCUGGAUGACCAGGGAGAGCCCUCACUUUCCUGCCAGCACCACCACCCCAAGCUGUGUCAUACAUCCAUAAUGGCAUUCAAUGGAACCUGGCAGGUCUAUGCUCAAGAAAACUACGAAGAGUUUCUGAAAGCUCUUGCAUUGCCAGAUGACCUUAUCAAACUUGCCAGAGAUAUUAAACCUGUUGUUGAAAUACAACAAAAAGGAGAGGAUUUUGUUGUGACAUCAAAGACACCCAAGCAAUCUGUAACUAACUCGUUUACACUUGGAAAAGAGGCUGAUAUUACUACCAUGGAUGGCAGAAAGCUAAAGUGCACUGUGAACAUGGUAAAUGGGAAGCUCGUGUGCAAGUCAGACAAAUUCCAUCAUGAGCAAGAAAUUAAAGGAGGUGAAAUGGUGGAGACUAUGACUUAUGGUGGAGUAACGCUUGUCAGAAGAAGCAAGAGGGUUUAAAGCCAGAUCACUUUCUUUGUGACAUCUUUACAUACCUAAAGUGCCGCUUCCAAAAGGUGUGAUCUUCAUUAUGUGACAAAAUAGAACGGAAAAUAACUGUGACUUCUACUCUCCUUUCACACACACACCAAUUCCCAUAAUUCCCAUAAUUGUAAGACUGUAUUUUCCCCCUGAGUACACUUCUGCACUCCAAGUGACAGAAGUCUGCCUCCCAGACAACCAAACCUGGAUGUUAACUGGAACACUGUGAUUUAUCAGAAUGAUCCUUGGGAGUGGACAAAAGCUGACAGAAAUGCCUCGAUUUUUUACAUGCUCAAUUAACACAUUUAGCUUUAGUUUCUUUGUCUAAUAAAGUUUCAUCUUCUACUAAAACCCUUUCUCUGUAUCUAGCCAGCAAAGAAAAAUUAGACCUUGGUUUAGCUGAUCUGUAACAGAAAUAGAAACAGUAAUAUUUUAAAAGCAAUGAAGUAUUUAACAGUCAUAAAAGUAAUAAUAGGAACGACUGCUCUUAAACUGAAGUACACCAGAGUACAAUUAAACAAAAAUGAGGCACCACAAGAGCAAAGGGAAUAAAACACUCUUCCAAUUUGCAGAAUAAAUUAAAUUCAAUGGAGUUACACAUAACAAGAUCAGAACAGAAGCCAAGCCACUGGUAAAACUCGGGAGAAGGCUGCUUUAAAGCACUGGUACUACAGAAAGCCAUGUAAGAGCUUGAAACACCUCUGUUUGGCAGUUGCUUGGUAACUGCUGCCAACUACACACUGAAACACGACAAAACAGCACUGUUGUCCAACAGCAAACCCAGAGAACACUGCAGGUCUUCAAUGAUCAAAUCCUGAAUCGGUUAAGUGUAGGCUACAAAGUACAAGAUGCUCAGGUUUAUUUCUAAACCAAUACAGAGACAAUGCAUUUCCCUGAAGACCACACUAGUAAAGCCUGUUACAAGUAUUUGCUUUGAUGCAUUAUAACGGGAAUAAAACAGGAAUGAUGUUAAAUCAAAA